CGCUCCAGGAAGUGAAGUUAGCGUCCUCAUGAAUAUUCAUGAGGCGAGACUUCGCUACAGUGUAGCGCUCGAUGGCGGGGUGUUUGUGAUCGGAAUGGCUGAAGGAGCAGAUUCUUGUUUUCUGGGGUUCGAUUUCAGCACGCAACAGCUGAAAGUAGUGGCUGUUGAUGGAGACCUCGAGGUGAUUCUCCAGAGCAGUGUCCAGUUCGACAGCGAGCUGCCCGAGUUCAGGACUCGUGGAGGAGUUCAUAUCCAUGAAGACAAGCUGACCGUCACGUCUCCAGCGCUCAUGUUUGUGAAGGCGCUGGAUGUUCUCCUGGAGAAGAUGAGGAGCGCUGGCUUCGACUUCUCUCGGGUCAAAGCCAUCUCAGGCACUGCACAGCAACAUGGCAGUGUGUUCUGGAGGAAGGGUGCGAGACAAACCCUGAAACAUCUGGACCCUCAGAAACAUCUGCACCUUCAGCUGCAGCAGUGUUUUGCGCUGCAGGACUGUCCCGUGUGGAUGGACUCCAGUACUUCAGAUCAGUGUCAGUUCCUGGAGGACGCUGUAGGUGGCGCUCAACGCCUCGCUGACGUCACCGGCUCACGAGCGUACGAGCGCUUCACUGGAAGUCAGAUUGCGAAGAUUUAUCGCUCGAAGCCGGAAGAAUUCAGCGAGACGGAGAGAAUCUCUCUGAUCAGCAGCUUCGCUUCAUCUCUGUUUCUGGGUGAUUACGCUCCGAUCGACUUCAGCGACGGCUCAGGGAUGAAUCUGAUGGAUAUAUUUGAGAGACGGUGGUCUCAGGUUUGUCUGGACGCCGUAGCACCGCAUUUAGCCAACAGACUCGGUGACCUGACGCCGUCUGCAACCUCUCUGGGCUGUGUGUCUCUGUAUUACUCUGAACGCUUUGGGUUUGCACAGAGCUGUAAGGUGGUGGCCUUCACUGGAGACAAUCCUGGAUCUCUGGCUGGUAUGAGGCUACAGGAAGGAGAUCUAGCGGUGAGUUUGGGGACCAGUGACACAGUUUUCCUGUGGAUCCGGGACCCCAGACCCAGCAUCGAGGGCCACAUCUUCUGUAACCCUGUGGACUGCAGCGCAUACAUGGCUCUGAUAUGCUUUAAAAACGGUUCGUUCACCCGAGAGCGGAUCCGUGAUGAAUGUGCUGGAGGAUCAUGGGAGCAUUUCUCCAGCGCUCUGAGCUCUACGCCGAUGGGAAACCAUGGAAAUCUAGGCAUGUAUUUUGACGUGAUGGAGAUCACACCUCCUGCUGUCGGCGUUCACAGGUUUAAUGCUGAAGGUCAAAGGGUCUCUUCGUUUGAGCAGGACGUGGAAAUCCGAGCCCUGCUUGAAGGACAGUUCCUGGCCAAACGAGUUCAUGCAGAAAAGCUGGGCUACAAGAUCCUUCCUGGCACACGAGUGCUGGCCACAGGAGGAGCAUCCUCCAACAAGGACAUUUUACAGGUGCUGUCUGACGUCUUCAAUGCUCCGGUUUACACCAUCGACGUCACAGACUCGGCCUGUCUGGGCUGCGCUUACAGAGCCCUGCAUGCUCUGGAGGCAGAAACAGGAGCAUCGUUCACCGAGACGCUCCGAAACGCUCCAGAUCCUCAGCUGGCCGUCAGUCCCACACCGGGAGCUCAAGAGGUUUACUCGCCGCUGAUGCUCCGAUACGCAGAGCUGGAGGCUCAACUUCUCAAAGACCGUCAGAAAUCACUCCAUCUGCUGUGAGACUCAUACAAACAAACACAGAUGCAGCCGCUUUUACUAAUGCAUGCAGAUGAAAGUCAAAACUCGUAUUUUAUAAUCAUUAAAAUAUAUAUUUUUAGUUAUUUUGCAGUUAUAUAAUAAAUAAAUGAUGCUGUUAAUUAAAAUAAAACAGUCUAGUUGUUUUUAAGCAUGCAAAGUACAUGUGAUGUGCUUGAGCUCUCUGUGCAUUUUACAAAUAAAGAUUUUGACAGUCCUGUCUGAUCAAUGUCA